AUGGAUCUCUCGUCGCUCUCCUCAAACUUGCCUCCCCGGCGCCCACCACCCUCGGAAGAUCCAAUCAAUAUUGCGUUCAAGGAGGCCGCCCUUUCUUUGACAACGCUAUACAAAGCCUCACAAGGCGCACGCACAGAAGGCUACAAAGAUGCCGUGGAUGAUAUGUACAACUUGUUUUGCAACCCAGCUGAAGCGCCGCAUAAUCAAUCGGCACAAGAGACUCUAGACAAGCUCAAACACUGGCUAGAAGAGCGUCGACGGAGAUCAGCAGAGUUGGCAGCAGACGAAGCAGUUGCGCAACAGCAACAGGAAGCGGCGCACUUAUUUGAGACGGAAGCCGUCCUCCCAACCUUGACUGGCGCAACGACCUUGCCUCCUGCCGCAGCAACAGGGGCCCGCUUCAACGUGCAUCCACAUAGCACCCGUCACAGACAACGCACUUCAUCUCCUGUCAUGCCGCACCGGACGUACCCGCGCGGGACCAACACAGCUGACCGACAUGAGCGCCAAUCAUCGGAAGAAUCAGAGCGUCGCGAUCGAGACCGGUCAGGGUCAGCAGUCAAGCGCCGCGUGCUGGGACCCUUUGACAGUCUCAAUGAAUUUCACAAGCGCGGUCGAUUUGGCUAG